UCCAUCAACAUCUCAGUAUCAGACAUGUACCAGGGGAUUGAAAACCCUGAUAAUAAUGAUAAAAAUGCAGGAACAACACCGAGCCCUGAUCACAAUGAGGAUAAAAACUGGAGGCCAUACUUCUACAUUUGUUUUGGUAUAGUGCUUCUUAUUCUCAUACUGACUGCCCUCAUCUUCCUGAGUUCUUGUGACUGGAAACGAGUGCUGACCUUAAACUACGUAAAGGGAGAGGAAAUGCCCACUCUUAUGAUACCAGACCUCCCUAAAUGGAGCCCUCCUUCCACUCCUGUCCCACUGACCAACUUGUCUGUUUUAAAUGACAUCUAUUCAUCAUAUACUCCAGAAAGAUCAGUAUCACCAGCUUCCCAGACCUGUUCGAACCAGAUUUCAGCUUCAAAUCCAGCACUUAAAUAUCAAGACUGUGAAGUAUAUGGUAUCAUCAAACAUAGACACGCUACUAAACAGGGUGGAAAAUAUCACACCAUGACUAACCAAGUUAAAACCCCUGAGUCUUCUUUUACUGCUGAAAGACCAGAAUCACCAGCUCGCCAGCCACAUGAGUACCAGAUUUCAGCUUCAAAUCCAGCAGUCAGAAAUGAAGACUAUGCAACGUAUGCUGUCAUCAACCACAGCAAACCUGCUGGAAAACGGCACACCGUGACUAACCAACUUAAAAACCCAGAGUAUGCUGUCAUCAAAUUUUCCUGAGUGUUGUUGAUUUGAAAUGGACACUUGCAGAUGAAAAAGUGGAAAAAUGUUUUGCAAUAUGUGGUGGAGUCAUGUGAUGAAACGUACAGCUGUACAGCCAUACUGCAGAAGAUAUGAAUGGAGGAAGCUUGUGGUUCUCUAAGUGAACUGCAUGUCUUCUAGAGUUAUCGUGACUAAACCGGAAGCAGCAGCGACUUCAUUCUCUAGCCCUCAGGUUUGUUCCCAGCAGCAGCACUUCUUUUUCAACUAAUAAUUUAUUGUACUUUGUAUUGUACUUGUGAUGUCAUCUGAUUCCAGUCCUUGUAUUGACUUGACUGCAGUAACUGUCGUACUUUCAUAAAAAGGUCAUAAACAGAUUUCUUCUUGACAGACAAAUAACACUUAAAUGCAGUUUUCUGACUGAUUUGUUAUAGAAGGAUGGCAGUCAUUAAAAAAAGACAUGUUAAUCAGUACCAGAGAGAUUUAAGAGAUAUGAACAGUUUCUCAUACCUGUCCCACAUACAGCGCUUGUUGUUUUUGUCACCACUACUGUCAGAGACAACACCUUGCCUAUUGACCACAG